AUGGGGGAUUGGAACUUAUUAGGGAGUAUUUUAGAAGAGGUCCACAUUCAUUCCACCAUCGUGGGGAAGAUCUGGCUCACCAUCCUCUUCAUUUUCCGAAUGCUUGUGCUCGGCGUUGCGGCUGAGGACGUCUGGGAUGAUGAGCAGAGUGAGUUUGUUUGCAACACGGAGCAACCGGGCUGCAAGAAUGUCUGCUACGACCAGGCUUUCCCCAUCUCCCUCAUCCGCUACUGGGUCCUACAGAUCAUCUUCGUGUCCUCUCCCUCGCUGGUCUACAUGGGCCACGCAUUGUACCGUUUGAGGACCCUUGAGAAGGAGAGGCACAGAAAGAAAGCCUGCCUUAAAGCUGAGUUGGAGGGGACAGACCCAGUCCAGGAGGACCAUAAGAGAAUUGAGCGAGAGCUCAGGAAACUAGAUGAACAGAGGAAAGUAAGGAAAGCUCCCCUUAGAGGCUCUUUGCUGCGCACAUAUGUUUUCCAUAUCUUAACCAGAUCUGUGGUGGAGGUGGGUUUCAUCAUAGGUCAGUGUGCCCUGUACGGCAUUGGACUGUCUCCUCUGUACAAAUGUGAGAGGCUGCCAUGCCCCAACAGCGUUGACUGCUUUGUGUCAAGGCCAACAGAGAAGAACAUUUUCAUGGUUUUCAUGCUGGUUAUUGCUGGAGUUUCUUUAUUCCUCAACCUCCUGGAGAUUUUCCAUCUGGGGGUUAAGGAGAUCAAGCAAAGCUUGUAUGGAUACAAAUACGGAGACGAUGACAGUGUGUACAGGUCGAAGAAAAACUCCAUGGUGCAGCAGGUUUGUGUGCUCACUAACUCCUCACCACAAAGACUGAUGCAGCUCACACAGAUGACCUGCUCUGUUGUGUCUGAUCCUCACGGGGAGAACCUGCCUUUGAAUUUGGCUCCUCAGAAUCCGGAGAGGUCCCACAGCUCCAACCAGCAGCCUGCACAGAAGUACCUGUCAAGCCAAGCAGACAUCCAGGGUCUCCAGCAGCUGGGGGCUGUGGAGCGGCGCUACACUCUGGACAACAAGAACCCCUCAUGCAGCAGCGAUGAGUCAAAUGGACCUCACAGCUCGGUCCAGCCGCAGUACGCGGGACCGCGACCCACACUCAUGGCCGGCCACAUGGAGAUCCCAGCAGCCUUGAGGAACCCACAGAGGAAGCAAAGCAGAGUGAGUGCUUGUAAGGAGCUCAGUGACAUGAGCGAUUCUCCGGAAAGCGACCAUUACCCCACAGCCAGGAAGUGCAGUUUUAUGUCCCGAGGAAUGUCGGAAGACAAGCUGGCCACUGACAGCACCGAUUCUCAGAGUGGAACAGACAUCGAAGCCCAGCACCUCAACCAGGGAGAGAGUCCAAUGACCCCACCGCCACCAGCCAGUGGGAGGAGGAUGUCCAUGAGCAUGAUUCUGGAGCUGUCUUCCAUCAUGAAAAAGUGA